ACACGUCGGCUGAGCUGUUUUGAUUUCGAUUUUCAGUGCGCCGCGAUCGAAGGUUACAUUUCAUUUCCAAAAGAGGCAAAAAGGAAACAAACGAUUUUAAACGGCAACGAGAUGGUCGGCUCAAGCAUCGCUCCCACCACCGACAAACCGCCAAGGAGGACAGCCUCUAGUCCUCCGCAAUCCUCGGCCAGUGGAACGCUCGGCAAGCUUGUGGGGUGCCUCUGCCUCGUCGCCGGUAUCGCCUUGGGAACCAUCAUCCUGGCCACUUUCUUCCUGAGUUCGGCACAACGACGAUCACCGGCCGACGUCAAUGCAGCAGCGGUUUCAGGCGCCAGUGCGAGCUUGGCGCAUCUACGGAAGGUAGCCAUCGCCCAGCAGCUCUACGAUCGAGACAUAUUUUCCAGCCGCUCAAAACGGAAAUCAUACAACCUCUAACGAAAAUUCCCGCAAGUACCGCGAACGAACCAUGUCAACGGCGACAAUCAUGAGCCGUCGCGACGAUGCAGCGAUGAACUACCGUGCACCGAUCUUAUCGCGAGUAAUCUCCAGAAAAAUAAACACAAGCACAAGAG